CGCAGAGCGGCGGCGGCGGCGGCGGCGGUGCAGCAGCAGAUUGGACUUGGCAGACAGUUCCAAGAAGAUUCUGUUCCCCAAGGCAGCGAUCACGGCUGAUGGGAUAACUGACCACUGCAUCAAUGAACAGAAAUUCCUUGAGAUGACAUAGAGAGGGGCGUCCAGGACAAUGGUGCAGAAAAAGAAAACCUGCUCUCGGCUACUUGACUAUCUAGUGAUCAUUGGAGCCAGGCACCCAAGCAGCGAUAGUGUUGCUCAGACUCCUGAACUGCUGCGGCGUUACCCUCUGGAAGACCAUGCAGACUUUCCUCUCCCACCCGACGUCGUGUUCUUCUGCCAGCCAGAAGGAUGCCUGAGCGUGCGGCAAAAGCGCAUGAGCUUCCGUGAUGACACUUCCUUCGUCUUCACCCUCACAGACAAGGAUACGGGGGUCACUCGCUAUGGAAUCUGCGUCAACUUCUACCGCUCCUUCCAGAAGCGGGUACCCAAGGAGAAGGGAGAAGGCACGGGGGGACAUCGAGCUCGAGAGGGACAGAAGAUCCCUAAAUCUGGGGAUGUGUCAGCACCCCAAGAGGAAGUGGGCACUGAGAGUUCAGAGAGUGGUUCUUCACUGCAGGCUCCCAGUGCAGAGUCUACCCCUGACGUGAAUCGAUCCCCGCGCAGUAAGCGCCUGGCCAAAGGCAGCCAUCGCUCUCGGAACAGCACUCUGACUUCUCUGUGCAUCCUUAGUCAUUAUCCCUUCUUUUCCACCUUCCGUGAGUGUCUGUACACCCUCAAGAGACUUGUGGACUGCUGUAGUGAAAGACUGUUGGGCAAGAAGUUGGGGAUUCCACGUGGGGUGCAGAGGGAUACAAUGUGGCGGAUUUUCACAGGCUCCCUCCUGGUGGAAGAAAAGUCUAGCGCCCUGCUUCAUGACUUGCGGGAGAUCGAGGCUUGGAUAUACCGCCUGCUCCGCUCACCCAUGCCUGUUGCUGGGCAGAAGCGGGUGGAUGUGGAAGUCUUGCCACACGAGUUACAGCCAGCUUUGACCUUUGCUCUUCCUGAUCCAUCCCGCUUCACUUUGGUGGAUUUUCCAUUACAUCUGCCUUUGGAGUUACUGGGAGUGGAUGCUUGCCUGCAGGUGCUGACCUGCAUCCUUCUGGAGCACAAGGUUGUAUUGCAGUCCCGAGAUUAUAAUGCACUUUCAAUGUCUGUGAUGGCCUUUGUGGCCAUGAUCUACCCAUUAGAGUACAUGUUCCCAGUGAUCCCUCUGCUUCCCACCUGCAUGGCCUCUGCAGAACAGUUGCUUCUAGCCCCUACACCUUAUAUCAUUGGUGUUCCAGCAAGUUUCUUCCUUUACAAACUGGAUUUUAAAAUGCCUGAUGAUGUAUGGCUUAUUGACCUGGAUACCAAUAGGGUGAUUGUUCCCACAAAUGCAGAAUCAUUGCCAGCACUGCCAGAACCAGAGGCUUCGGAGCUGAAAAAGCAUCUGAAACAGUGUCUGGUUAGCAUGACUGCAAUCACUCAGAAACAGCUGGUCACUCCUGACAACAAGGCCCUGGCCAGCAUGAGCCUGAAUACUCAGCCCAUUCUUAAUCUAGAGAAGUUUCAUGAGGGGCAGGAGGUGCCUCUGCUGCUGGGAAGACCACAGAAUGAUUUGCAGUCUACUCCCUCCACAGAAUUCAACCCUUUGAUCUAUGGAAACGAUGUGGACUCUGUUGAUGUGGCUACCAGGGUUGCUAUGGUGAGAUUCUUCAACUCACCAAAUGUUUUGCAAGGUUUCCAAAUGCAUACUCGCACUCUUCGUCUCUUCCCACGACCAGUGGUGGCCUUCCAGGCAAAUUCUUUUCUUGCCUCUAGGCCGAAGCAAACACCUUUUGCAGAUAAGCUUUCCAGAACGCAGGCAGUAGAAUACUUUGGAGAAUGGUCACUCAACCCUACUAAUUAUGCUUUCCAAAGAAUUCAUAACAACAUGUUUGACCCAGCCCUAAUUGGUGACAAACCCAAGUGGUAUGCUCACCAGCUGCAGCCCAUCCACUAUCGAGUCUAUGACACCAAUUCACAGCUGGCUGAAGCCCUGAAUGUCCCAGCAGAGAAAGAAACAGAUUCUGAUCCCACUGAUGACAGUGGCAGUGACAGUGUCGACUAUGACGAUUCAAGUUCCUCCUACUCCUCUCUUGGUGACUUUGUCAGUGAGAUGAUGAAAUGUGACAUUAAUGGUGAUACCCCAAACGUUGACCCCCUGACUCAUGCAGCCCUUGGUGAUGCUAGUGAAGUGGAAUUUGAUGAUUUUCAAGAAUAUUCAGGGGAUCCUGAUGAACAGACCAUGGACAGUGAGAACUCCCAAGAGAAUAACCAGCCUCGUUCAAGUUCCAGUACUACAGCCAGUAGCAGCCCCAGCACUGUCAUCCAUGGAGUGAAUCAUUUGUAUGUAUCGCAAAUUAGCGAACAGAUCAAUGAUUUGACUGGUCCACAGGAGGCAGCAGACUCAGCAGAAAUAGAAGAGAAGUUGGCUGCUGGAUUUUCAAACCAUCUCUCUUCCUUGCCACUGCAAGCAAGCUUUCCCAAGAUAAGCUUGGAUCGUCGCGAGAGUGACAUCGCAGCUGGCAGCAUGAGCUCCUCAGAAGGGGUGGUGAGGAAGCGGGAGUAUGACAAUCCAUACUUUGAACCACAGUAUGGUUUUCCUACGGAGGAUGAAGAUGAUGAGCAGGAAGAGAGCUAUACCCCAAGAUUUAACCAGAAUCUCAAUGGAAGCAGGUCUCAGAAGUUACUCCGGCCAAACAGUUUAAAACUGGCCAGUGAUUCUGAUGCAGAUUCAGAUUCCAGGGCCAGCUCCCCAAACUCUACUGUCUCCAACAAUAGCAGCGAAGGUUUUGGGGGCAUCAUGUCUUUUGCAAGCAGCCUGUACAGAAACCACAGCACAAGUUUCAGUCUGUCCAACUUAGCCCUACCAACCAAAGUUGGGAGAGACAAGAAUACUCCCUUUCCCAGCCUGAAAGUAUUUGGGUUAAAUACUAUAAUGGAGAUUAUUACUGAAGCUGGCCCAGUAAGCAAUGAAGGAAACAGGCGAGCCCUUGUUGAUCAGAAGUCUUCAGUCAUAAAGCACAGCCCAACAGUGAAAAGAGAAUCACCAUCACCUCAGGGACGAACUAGCAAUUCCAGUGAGAACCAGCAGUUCCUGAAGGAGGUGGUACACAAUGUUCUUGAUGGGCAAGGUGUUGGCUGGCUGAACAUGAAGAGAGUCCGACGUCUGCUGGAGAGUGAGCAGCUCCGCGUCUUUGUACUGAGCAAGCUGAAUCGCACGAUCCAGUCAGAGGAGGAUGCUCGACAGGAUGUCAUACAGGACGUGGAGAUCAGCCGCAAAGUUUAUAAAGGCAUGCUGGAUCUGCUGAAGUGCACUGUGUUAAGCCUGGAGCAAUCAUAUGCAAAUGCUGGCCUGGGAGGCAUGGCCAGUGUUUUUGGCCUACUAGAGAUAGCACAUACUCACUACUAUAAUAAAGAACCAGAAAAGAGAAAACGAAGUCCUACAGAUGGAUCUGUCACUCCAGUUGGCAAGGAUCCUGCAUCAUCCCCAAGAGUGGAGCCAAAACCUGCGACACAGCUGCCGGUACCUCAGCUAAUGCCAAAGCCACCGAGCCCUGCAGGCAAAGGGCCACGGGAGUUUGACACAAGAAGUCUAAAGGAAGAAAAUUUUAUUGCUUCCAUUGGACCAGAAGGUGUGAAACAGUUGGAUUUGGGAGAAACAGAUGAGAAGAAAUCCCAAAUCAGUGCAGACAGUGGCCUCAGUUUGGCCUCAGGUUCUCAGAAGAGUGAUUUUGACUCUCUUCCCAGUGGAGGACCAACAGUCAUGGUCCGAAGUACAAGCCAGGAUUCUGAAGUCAGCACUGUGGUUAGUAACAGUUCUGGAGAGACGUUGGGAGCAGACAGUGACUUGAGUAGCAAUGCUGGUGAUGGCCCAAGUGUGGAAAAUGGUGGCAAUUUAGCAGGAUCCAGAGGCACUGUGUCAGACAGUGAAAUUGAGACAAACUCUGCUACUAGCUCUAUCUUUGCCAAGUCUCACAACUUGAAGCAGAGUGUGAAGGAUAGCAAAGGGAGUACUCCAGGGAGAGGUCCAGAGGAUGGGAACCAGCGUGUCUAUCUGUAUGAAGGACUCUUGGGUAGGGAUAAAGGAUCUGUCUGGGACCAGUUAGAGGAUGCUGCAAUGGAAACCUUCUCUCUGAGCAAAGAGCGUUCAACUUUGUGGGACCAGAUGCAGUUCUGGGAAGAUGCUUUUUUGGAUGCUGUGAUGCUAGAGAGAGAAGGAAUGGGGAUGGACCAGGGACCUCAGGAGAUGAUUGACAGGUAUCUUUCCCUGGGAGAACACGAUCGAAAGCGUUUGGAGGAUGAUGAGGAUCGUUUGUUAGCUACACUGCUGCAUAAUAUGAUUGCUUAUAUGCUCAUGAUAAAGGUGAACAAGAAUGAUAUUAGGAAAAAGGUGCGUCGUUUAAUGGGAAAAUCACAUAUUGGAUUGGUGCACAGCCAGCAAAUAAAUGAUAUUCUAGACAAACUUGCCAAUCUGAAUGGACGGGAACUCCCUGUGAGACCCAGUGGCAGCCGCCACAUCAAGAAGCAGACUUUUGUAGUACAUGCUGGGACAGACACAACAGGAGACAUAUUUUUCAUGGAGGUAUGUGAUGAUUGUAUUGUGCUGAGAAGCAACAUUGGAACUGUGUAUGAACGUUGGUGGUAUGAAAAACUCAUCAACAUGACUUACUGUCCCAAAACAAAAGUGCUUUGCCUCUGGCGCAGGAAUGGUCAGGAGACACAACUGAACAAGUUCUACACAAAGAAGUGUCGGGAACUGUACUACUGUGUAAAAGACAGUAUGGAGCGAGCAGCAGCAAGGCAGCAAAGCAUAAAACCAGGUCCUGAGUUGGGUGGUGAGUUCCCUGUGCAGGAUAUGAAAACCGGUGAAGGAGGUCUUCUUCAGGUCACACUGGAAGGAAUUAACUUGAAAUUUAUGCACAGUCAGGUUUUCAUAGAGCUGAAUCACAUUAAAAAGUGCAAUACUGUGCGAGGAGUCUUUGUCCUGGAGGAAUUUGUUCCUGAAACUAAAGAAGUGGUGAGCCACAAGUACAAGACGCCAAUGGCUCAUGAGAUCUGCUACUCCGUGCUGUGUCUCUUCUCUUAUGUGGCUGCAAUUCGUGGAAAAGAGGCAGAAAACAAAAGCAAACCACCUCGACCAGUUUCCAGUUGAUCAUGAUACUUGGAAAUACCUACCUUUUGGCACACUGAUAUGCAGUACUCCCAAUUUUACUGCAGUUACUGGAGUUCACUUUCUGUCUUUUAUGAGAACUUGGUUAUUUAUGUAUGACCCUGCAAGUCUUUCCCCAUAGAAAAGCCUAAGCCUUCCCUGUUCAGUCUCCUUCUCAAUUCAUCCUUAAUGGAGUUUAUAAAUGAGCUUUUAAUCAGACAGUUUUGAGCGUGUGCAUCCAUCUGUGAGUGACUUACUCUGGACAUUCCUUUGAGAUUCCUUUUUUGUUAAGAUGACUUAAUGGCUUGAGUUUGGUUGUUUUUUGUUCUAGUGGUACUUGUUACAAUUUGAUCACUUUACAACUACAGGGUUCUGCUUUCGGAUUCUCUGGUAUGUGCACAGUGGAAGCAGCCUGGUCCUGUAUGUUGUUUCAGUGUUGUGUUUUUCUUGUUUUCCUUCUGUGUUGUUCAUUUUUAAUUACCAACAUGGAGUUCCUGUCGCAUAGUUCUACAGUCCCUUUUGGUAGAGAUGAACAAUUUAGCUGUCAUAGUCUUAAAAUAUCAUGUGACAGUUGAAGUUUGGUUAUUUAAUUGGUCCAUCUGUGGAGAUGACUGCUUCUCAAGCGGAGAGAGAAGCUUUGAAGGUAGUAUAUUGUAAAAAACCUCAGCACUUCAUGGAUUCUGUGGAUUUUCAAAUGGAAGUUUAGGUAACAUUUGUAGCUACCCCGGUGGCAGAGCUCACAGAUGCAAAUAAGCACUCCCUAAAGCAGUUAAUCACAGGGAUUAGAAAAUGAAUGAGGCAGUGUAAAACUUGGAAACAUUAUUGGCAGAAGCACAGUACAGAAAUCUGCAGAACAUUUUCAGAAGCCCAGAGGAUUUUGCUGUCUCCAAAUUUUUUUAACUAUUGCUUUUGUAUUUUUUUUCAAUCUGUAUCUGUAUAGGGAGGGAUCUUGAAAAUAUUGUGUUUAUGUAUAAUGAAACUCACGUAGUUAAAACAAUCCAUCACAUUCUUUAUUUUAAACAGGCUGGAUAUGAAUGUUUUUUUUUGCAUCCUGUUUUUGUUCUUGAACUGUACUGCACUUGUCUGGAAAGCUCUUAGGAUGCUGGAAGGUGAGACUGUCUAGAGAAAAUAAUGUUACAUGUAAAAAUAUCAGGAAAAAUUGCUCUGAUACAAACUGAUGUAUUGUAUGUUUUGACAUAAAAUUCUGACUAAAUGCACCCAGAAAUAACCCUGUUUUGGCUUGGUCA